AUGGACGGGAUUCAUCCACACUUCACUGCGAGGACGUUCUUCAGCUUUCUAUUUCUGAUUCUGCUUCAAACGACCACCGCAAACAUAUGUUCUGCUCCUCAAAUUGUGAGUUUUCAAGAAAACAACGCGGUGGGUGAUGUCGUGCAGACGAUCACUGUCAAACCAGGGGUGACCCUCGAUUUCAAACCUCCUCCUGCUAACCCCGACAACCCGUUUAGCCUCUUAGGGAACAACCUGAUAGCUGAGAGGGUGCUGGACUAUGAGUUGGGCCUCUCCAUUGUUGUGGUUGUGACCAAUGUAAAUGAUAACCCUCCAGUCUUUGAUCUGAACCUCUACCGUGUCGAUGCCAAUGAGAUGUCUCCUGUUGACAUGAGCGUGGGCCGCUUCCCUGCCACAGACUUGGACUCUCCAACACUCUACUACACACUGACGUCUGAAUCUGACGGCUUUAAACUGAGGUCACCUAUCAACCCGGUUCUCCUCGUCAAGACGCCUCUCGACUACGAGAGAGUCAAAACUGUCCAACUGAUAUUAUCCGUUCAGGACACACCAUUGACACCGGCCAAUAGCAGGGUUUCAUACAGUGCCACCACCACCAUCGUGGUCACCAUUUUAGACGUUGACAACAGGCCGCCGUGGUUCCAGCCCUGCAGCAGGCAUGAGAUCGGGGGGGCUGUGGUCUGCCAGAGCGCCGGCUACACCGGCAGGGUCGUCUUAAACGAACAAGAGAUCGGAGUGUUACCUCUGGAACCAGGACCACUGCACGCCAUCGACGGAGACUCAGGGAUAGAUGAGAAAAUGACGUACUCGUUCCUGAACGGAAAUGCUGACGGUCUGUUUGAGAUCAACGCGAACACGGGGAACAUCACAAUGCUGAAGCCGGCCGAUGUGCUCGGGACGAUCAGUCUGACAGUUCUGGCUGCUCAGGAGAUAAACAGUUAUCAGUUUGCCACCACCACCGUCACAGUCAGUGUUCAGGUGAAGAGUCUCCACCAUCCACAGUUUCAGAAGUCUCAGUACGAAGGCGUCAUCACCGCAGUGGGCAUGAUGGCGAUGGACCCGAAGAACAUGGAUGAGCCGCUGCAGAUCCUUGCCACGGAUGAUGACUACGCUGCCACUGGGGGUAUAAAUCCCCUCAUCACUUACUACGUGAAUGGGAGCAGUGAUUUCUCCGUCGUUGGCAGCUAUUUAUUCAUGACAAAGGAUCUCCCAGAGGGCACAUUAUCUCUGCAAGUGGUGGCAACAGACGAAUCUAACGAAGAAUCAGCUACGGCUCAGCUCUCCGUGGAGGUGGCUUCAGGUCUCACCACCACCAGUUUGCCUCUGAGCACUACAGGCAGUAUAGACACAACGCCCUUAGGGGAAUCCACCACCAACGGCAAGACCACAGAAGAUAUUGUGUCUACCACCAACCCCACUACAUCAACUGACAGCAGCCUCUCAACUACCACCCCUGGCAUGACCACUGAAAGCAUCAUUUCCACCACUAAUCCCAGUAUGACCAGUGAAGGCAGCGUUUCCACUACUAAACCCAGUGUGACCAGUGAAGGCAGCAUUUCCACCACUAAUCCCAGUAUGACCAGUGAAGGCAGCAUUUCCACUACUAAACCCAGUUUGACCAGUGAAGGCAGCAUUUCCACCACUAAUCCCAGUUUGACCAGUGAUGGCACAGCUCACCCUCACACAGUGAUCGUACCGUCAGGUGGCUAUGGGCUGGUGGACAUGGCAGUGCUCGGUGCAACCCUGGGUGUCCUGCUGUUAAUCUGUCUGGUGGUCAUCGGGGUGCUCGCCUUUUGCAUUCGGAGGGGGAACGCCGACUGGAGAAAGAUCUACGAAGCCAGCAUGUUCCAAAGCUCUCUGGCUCAAGGCAGUCAGAAGGAGGGCAUUCAGUACACCAAUGAGGCCUUUCAAAACGAUGACGAUGGAGGCAGCACUGUCUCCGGCGGUCCAGUGGGGGGAAGCGUAAUGGCUGGCAGAGCGGCAGUGGACUUGCCGCUCAAUAAGGUCAUCGCCCAGUCUUUGGGGCCGCUGCAUGCCCUCCUGCAUGACGACACCAGCUUGGCGGGGUCAGACAAGGCCGACAACGAGAAGGAGGUGAAACCCAUCCUGACCAAGGAGAGACGAAUGGACGAGGGGUACAAGUCAGUCUGGUUUAAGGAGGACAUCGACCCCGACGCAAAGGAGGAGGUGGUCAUAAUCCCAGACAGCAGAGAGGACGACAGCGAGGAGGAAGACGAGGAACCGUCAUCCAGCGGCAGAGAGGAUGACGAAGACGACAACCCGCGGAUAAAAACCCAGAAGGUCGUCUUUAAUGAUGCAGAUCUGGACAGUGGACUCGGGGUGAAAAUGGAGGAUCCAGCUGAGGACUCAGAGGGUGACGAAGUGUUGACCGUUGAUCUGUGA